AUGAACAGUCUUCGUUACCUCCCCACUUGCUUCGACCCGACGCCUUUCUGCCGGCGGUACUACCCCCUGGCACGUGCAGCAGCUCCUGUCACCUCUCGUCCAGAUCCCUGCGCCGCCGCCUCCGAGCCUCCCGCUGGUUCCGCUGUCAGCUCUCCCGUGGGUUCUGCCGUCGGUUCUGCCAUGGGUUCCGCCACGGGUUCCGCUUUAGGUUGCGCGCCAACCACCUACGCGCCAGUCCCCUCACACGUGCGCGCGACGUGCGCCCUUUGCGCGCGUCCCGCCGCGGUGCGCUGCGCCGCCGACCGCGCGGACCUCUGCGUCGAUUGCGACGCGGCCGUGCAUUCCGCCAACUGCAUCUUCCGCCGCCACGCGCGCUUCGUCCUAUGCGCGCGUUGCGCCGCGCCGACCAACUGCCUCUGGCCAUCCCCGGCGCCUGGCGCGAACCACGCUCUUCCGCCGCGCACAGUGUGCGGAGCAUGUCUUCCGCUCCCCCCCGACGAAACGCUCCCCAAGCGCCAGAAAUUCGACGCUUCCGCUGCAUUGCUACCCCCGGGACUUGCGGGUUCAAGCGGACUCAAUAAUCUCCUUUUUCACCCGUUCUCGGUGCAGCAGCAGCAGCAGCAGCAGCAGCAGCAGCAGCAGCAGAAGCAGUCGACGCUUCUUACCGUUCCAAGCUGUUUCAACGGCGGUCCGCGAAGCCUGACAGCGGUAACGAGGAGCCAAAUCGAAGAGGCAUUUCCGCUGCUGAACGCGCUUUCGCGGUCCAACGAUGACCUUUCCGCCGCGACGGACCAAGUUCCGCUCCCCAACUCCGCCUCCUGCAGCUCCCUCACUGGCGCUGCUCCCCCACGCCCCCCGACUCCGCAAACACUCCAGCUCUUCCCCGAGACCGCGGAGAGCGCACCCGCGCAAUGCAGGGGGGAAAGGUCAACUUUGAAUACCUGCGGUGGCUUCGUAAGUCAGCCGCAGGCGCAGGCGGAAUGUGUUGCGGCUGACACGCGAAGCUCGCUGCGACUCCUCGCGGACGUCGCGGGCGCGGCUGUAGCGGGGACGGCGGAAGCAACGGUGUUGUCAACAUUGCCAGAGCUUGCCCUCCGUUUGCCCGAGGCCCUCACUCCGGCGGAAGCCGCUGCGUCUGCUGGCUCAUCGAAAAAAGCAGCUGCGCCAGCAGUGAAAUUGUCAGCGGGACUCCCGCUGGGAGCGGCGAUGGUAUCAGCAGCAGGAGCGGCGGAGCAGGCGGACGGCUAUUUCCACCUCUCUCCGCGCAGCAACUUGCGCCAUCAGGCCGCGGACCGCCUGCGCCGCAUUCUCUCAUCGUGGUGCGCCAAGCUGGCGCUGCGCGGGCGUCGCGUGGUCGACCUCGCGCUGCACGUUCUUCAGCGCGCGCUUCGGGAUCUGGCGCUCGGAUCCGUCGACAGCAACGCGCUGCGCGUGCUGCUCGCGGCGUGCCUCUGGACGGCGGCGAAGCUGGACGGCGGCCGCCAGAAGGAAGUUCCCAAUGGCGCCGCGAUGUCUGCCGUCUCACUGGUGGAGGUGAGCGUGCUGCAAGCGGCGGAGCUACAGCUGAUGAAGAUGAUGAACUGGAAACCCCUGGAAGGAUUUGAGGCAUGA